UUCUCUAUUUCAUCACGCAUGCGCAACUUUUUCCGUUUUAACAUUCCGCUCCGCUGAAACUAUCUUUUCAAGCUUAGCUUGGUGUGACAUUGGUUCUAAAGGUUCAUAGGUUAAAAUGGGUCGUCGACCAGCGAGAUGUUAUCGGUACUGCAAGAACAAACCAUAUCCAAAAUCCAGAUUCUGUCGUGGUGUUCCUGACCCGAAAAUCCGCAUUUUUGAUCUUGGCAAAAAGAAAGCAUCUGUAGAAGAUUUUCCACUAUGCGUUCACUUAGUGUCAGAUGAAUAUGAACAGCUUAGUUCUGAAGCUCUGGAAGCUGGACGUAUUUGUGCCAACAAAUACAUGGUAAAGAAUGCUGGCAAGGACCAGUUCCACAUUCGUAUGAGACUGCAUCCUUUCCAUGUAAUUCGUAUCAACAAAAUGUUAUCAUGUGCUGGAGCUGAUAGGCUCCAAACUGGAAUGAGAGGUGCUUUCGGCAAACCGCAGGGUACUGUAGCUAGAGUACACAUUGGUCAGCCCAUUAUGAGCGUUCGUUCUUCUGAUCGUCAUAAGGCGGCUGUUAUCGAAGCUCUACGACGUGCCAAGUUCAAGUUCCCUGGCCGUCAGAAGAUCUAUGUCUCGAAGAAAUGGGGUUUCACGAAGUAUGAUCGUGCCGAAUACGAAGAGUUGAAAGUCGCGGGUCGUCUUGCUCCAGAUGGCUGCAAUGUCAAAUAUUUGCCCGAGCAUGGACCACUUGAAGAAUGGAAAAAAUUCAGGAAGGCACUUGCUGUAGCCUAAAUAAGUACCGAACAUUUUGUGAACAUGGGGUUGAAUAAAAUAAUUGUAAUAAAAAAA